AUGUUACAGCUGAGCAGGUUGUUGGGUCCUUUGUCGAGGACUAUGUUACAGCUGAGCAGGUUGUUGGGUCCUUUGUUGGAGGACUAUGUUACAGCUGAGCAGGUUGUUGGGUCCUUUGUUGAGGACUAUGUUACAGCUGAGCAGGUUGUUGGGUCCUUUGUUGGAUGACUAUGUUACAGCUGAGCAGGUUGUUGGGUCCUUUGUUGAGGACUAUGUUACAGCUGAGCAGGUUGUUGGGUCCUUUGUUGGACGACUAUGUUACAGCUGAGCAGGUUGUUGGGUCCUUUGUUGAGGACUACGUUACAGCUGAGCAGGUUGUUGGGUCCUUUGUUGAGGACUAUGUUACAGCUGAGCAGGUUGUUGGGUCCUUUGUUGAGGACUAUGUUACAGCUGAGCAGGUUGUUGGGUCCUUUGUUUAG